AUGGCCGUGCGCGGCGCCGGCGCCCUGACGCCCUUCUCCAUCCAGGCGAUCCUCCACGGGAAGGAGAGCGCCGGCCGGGCCGUGCCCGGGGGGCGCCCGGGGCCGGGGGGCACCGCGCUGGCUGUGGCAGCGGCUCCCGCGGUCUGCUGCUGGCGGCUCUUCGGGGAGGCGGACGCAGCCUCGCUGGGGGGAGCCGAGGACGCGCUGCUGGCGCCUUCAGCCGGGACCAGGACGGCGGCGGGGCGCGCGGCAGGGAGCCCGGGCGGCUGGGACUCCGACUCGGCGCUCAGCGAGGACAACGAGGGCCGGCGGCGCUGCGCGGACGCCCCGGGGGCAGGCGCGGUCCUGGGCCUCGACCCGCGCGCCUGCGAGCUGCACGCAGCCAAGGAUCUGGAGGAGGAGGCCGCGGGCCGCAGCGACAGCGAGAUGUCAGCCAGCGUCUCAGGCGACCGCAGCCCGAGAGCCGAGGACGACGGUGUGGGCCCGGGAGGUGCACCCGCGCCGGGGCUGUGCGGAGGGGCCGGCGGCGGAGCGGCGGUCGCCGCGGAGCAGGAGGAGGAGGAGCCCGCAGCUCCAAAGCCGCGAAAGAAGCGCUCGCGGGCCGCCUUUUCGCACGCUCAGGUCUUCGAGCUGGAGCGCCGGUUCAAUCACCAGCGCUACCUGUCCGGGCCGGAACGCGCAGAUCUGGCGGCCUCGCUGAAGCUCACCGAGACGCAGGUGAAGAUCUGGUUCCAGAACCGACGCUACAAGACCAAGCGCCGGCAGAUGGCCGCAGACCUGCUGGCGUCGGCGCCCGCGGCCAAGAAAGUGGCGGUGAAGGUACUGGUACGCGAUGACCAGAGACAAUACCUCCCCGGCGAGGUGCUGCGGCCUCCGUCGCUGCUGCCGCUACAGCCGUCCUACUACUACCCUUACUACUGCCUCCCGGGCUGGGCGCUCUCCACCUGCGCGGCCGCCGCGGGCACCCAGUGA